AUGGAAAAAGACGUGCAGUUUUGCAAUGAAACAGAAGAAAAUGUGAGAGCAGCUGGACAGGACGAAGGACACAAGGAGGGUUGUUUCAUUCUGCUUUUGAUCAUGGAAUGUACUUCAGAACUAAAUGUGGUUCAGAAAAUCACAGCAGAAAACAAAUUGUUAAUGGAAUCUCCUUGGGUGCAAGCUCUCAGUUAUGAUCAGAGAGACAACUUGGUUGUUCAAAAGAAACAAAUUAGCCCCAGGAAGACAACCUCAACAACCAACACCAUGUGUGGCAGCUACUACGGAGGCUGUGGCUACGGAGGCUGUGGCUAUGGAGGCUGUGGCUACGGAGGCUGUGGCUAUGGAGGCUAUGGCUACGGAGGCCUGGGCUGUGGCUAUGGUUCCAGCUAUGGCUGUGGCUUCCGCAGACUGGGCUGUGGCUAUGGCUGUGGCUGUGGCUACGGCUAUGGCUCCCGCUCCCUCUGUGGCUGUGGCUAUGGAUACGGCUCUGGCUAUGGCUCUGGUUUUGGCUGCUACUAUUGA